AUGGAUCAAACCGAACAAGAAAUCGGCAUCAAAGUGUAUAAUGUAACUCCACCACCCCAACAGGGAGGAACAAACACGAACCCCCAGCAGAACAAGCGUCGUGCCUUGAUGGCAAAGGGUGUCCAGAAAACCCUAUCCAAAACUUCCCUCCUCGGCAACUUCCUUCCCACUGGCACUCUCCUGACCUUCGAAAUGGUGCUGCCCUCAAUCUACAAGAACGGGCAGUGCAGCCACGUGCAGACCCUCAUGAUCAACUUCCUCCUUGCAGUGUGCGCCCUUUCCUGCUUCUUCUUCCACUUCACCGACAGUUUCCAUGGCCCGGACGGAACCCUCUACUACGGCUUUGUCACCACACGUGGCCUCUCUGUCUUCAAGCCCGCACUUCCCAGCGUGGCCGUGCCCCGCGACGACAAAUUCAAGGUGGGUUUUACGGACUUUGUCCACGCCGUUAUGUCUGUCAUGAUCUUCGUGGCCAUUGCUAUUUCGGAUCACAGGGUCACCAACUGUUUGUUCCCUGGGCAUGAGAAGGACUUGGAACAGGUUAGGGAGAGUUUUCCUCUCAUGGUGGGACUGGUUUGCAGUGGCUUGUUUCUCAUCUUUCCCACUUCUAGACAUGGGAUUGGUUGCAUGUCUGCCUAG